AUGCAAAGUAUUACGCUGGGAACCCACUGGGGUUGGAGGCAACAUAGUGAUUGUCCUCAGCUAGAAAGUAUCGGCCUCGUUAUGAACGCUAUAACUACAGAUAUCACAUCUCAGAGGCCUGGGGGUGGCGUUCGAAGGCCCAAAGUCACGAGUCUAAACGUAGGAGACUCGAGAGUCGGUGAUCCGCUCGCAGUUGCUGCGUUUCUAUCGAACGUUUUCCCACGUUUAUUAUCAGUUGACGCGUUUAAUCGUUUGGGGGGCAGGCGGAGACCUAUACCUGCUGCGAAGGAGCAUGAAGAGAAGUGGAAAGAAGCGGAAAAGCUUUUACCUGCAUUCUCCAAAGUUCGCGCCCAGGAGCACCCUCCUGUGGGACCAAGAAGGAAGGCCUUCUUUCUCGAGGAGCUGUAUCUUGCUUGA